GUGAGGCCGCACCGGGGCGGGGGGGCCUGGCCGCGCCCGGACGCCUGUGUCCUCGGCAGGAGGGUGGAGGGGUCCAGGGGGGUUCUCUGCCGCGGCGGCCCCCCCCUCCCCGAGGCCCCCGACACCUUUCGGGGUCCACGCCACAGGUCUAGGGGAGGAAGGGGCGCCCGCCGGCCCCUCGCAGGGCCGCCAUGGAGAUCAUCUACGUGUACACGCGGAAGCGCAGCGAGUUCGGCCGACCCUGCAGCUUCUCCGACCGGCCGGCCGUGGUCAACGUGGACAUCCCCCCCGACCCCAGCAUGGCCAGCAACUUCGUCCUGAGGAACCCCGUGGACAGCUACGUCCAGCACACCAGCGACAUGUCAGAGCACGAGGUCAACACCGAGCGGGUAGAGGUGGAAUCCCGCGGUGUCAACCAUGUCGAGGGCGGCUGGCCCAAAGACAUCAACCCGCAGGAGGUGGAACAAACCAUCCGCUUCAGGAAGAAAGUGGAGAAAGAUGAAAACUAUGUCAACACCAUCAUGCACCUCGGCACCCUGAUGGAGCACUGCGUCAAGCAGAACAACGCCAUUAACAUCUACGAGGAGUACUUUGGAGAGGAGGAGAUGGCAGAGGUGGAAGACGAGCCCCCCUCGGCAAAAACCAUCAAUGUCAUCAGGGAUCCCAACGUAACCAAGAGGACGGCCACACAUCUCUCCUGGCACCCUGACACAUGCAAGAAACUGGCAGUGGCUUAUUCCAGCCUGGAGUUCCAGCAAAACGUGAAAGACAUGAGCUUUGACUCGUACAUCUGGGAUCUUGAAAACCCCAACAAGCCGGAGCUCGUUCUCAAGCCGUCAUCCCCUCUGGUGAGCCUGGAAUACAACCCCAAAGACUCGCACGUCCUGGUGGGAGGAUGCUACAACGGGCAGAUGGCUUACUGGGACACCAGGAAAGGGGGGCUGCCCGUGGAGGUGUCCACCGUGGAGGUCAGCCACCGGGACCCUGUGUAUGGAGCCAUCUGGCUGCAGUCCAAAACGGGCACCGAGUGUUUCUCAGCCUCCACUGACGGGCAGGUCCUGUGGUGGGACGUCCGCAAGCUGUCCGAGCCCACCGAGUCGUUGGUCUUGGACAUCACCCGGAAGGGGCUCCUGGAGAACGCUCUGGGUGCUGUCACGCUGGAGUUUGAGCCCACCAUGCCCACCAAGUUCAUGGUGGGCACAGAGCAAGGCAUCGUCAUCGCCUGCAACCGCAAGGCCAAAACACCCCCCGAAAAAAUCACCAGCACCUACAGUGGCCACAUUGGACCUGUCUACGCGCUGGUCAGGAACCCUUUCUACCCCAAAGUCUUCCUGACAGUCGGCGACUGGACUGCUCGGAUCUGGUCAGAGGAGACCAAGGAAUCGUCAAUUAUGUGGACCAAGUGCCACCUCUCCUACCUGACAGACGGGUGCUGGAGCACUGUGAGGCCGUCCGUCUUCUUCACCACCAGAUCGGAUGGAACCCUGGACGUCUGGGACUUCCUCUUCAAGCAGAAUGACCCCUCUCUCAGCCUGAAGGUCUGCAACGAGCCCCUCUCCAGCCUGCGCCUGCAGGACAACGGGUGCAUUGUUGGCUGCGGCUCAAAGCUGGGCACCGUCACCCUGCUGGAAAUCUCCUCCGGGCUCUGCACCCUCCAGAGGAACGAGAAGACCCUGGCCACCGCUAUGUUCGAGCGGGAGACGAAGCGGGAGAAGAUCCUGGAGGCCCGGCACCGGGAAAUGCGGCUGAAGGAACGCGCCAGGUCGGAGGGCCAGGAGACGGAGGUGGAGGAGAGCCUGGUGGAGGAUCCCCAGGAGGUGCUCGACCGUGUCCGCCAAGAGUUCUUCGAGGUCAUCGAAGCGGAGAUGCAGAGGAGGGCACGGGCAGAGACCCAGGGCCUGCGUGGCAAGGUUAAAAGCCGUGCGAGAGAGGAGGCGAGCGCGCAGGAGGAAGAGAGCCAACUGCCCAAGGACAAGGAAGAGGAGGAGGAGGAGGAGGAGAAGGAUGCUGCCAAGGAGUUGUAGCCGAGACAGGACCAGUGGGUCACACAGAAACCCUCACAGACGCUCCCUGGCCCUUUGCCCUCUUUAUUUUUUUUUCUUCUGGGUGA